ACGCCUUUAGAGUAGAAUAGAUGGAGCAUGCUUAACGCCAUCAAUCCUGAUAAUUUGUUCUCGAAACCACGAAAACAAAACAUGACUGAGUUUGAAGAGCGUGGUAGCUGCAACUCCAGCAUGUAUCUACCCAGCUGCACCUACUAUGUUUCAGGCCAAGAUUUCUCGACAGUGUCAACGUUCUUACCGCAGACGACUUCUUGCCAAAUGACAUUUCCUUACUCCUCUAAUUUAGCUCAGGUCCAACCUGUUCGCGAAGUAUCGUUCAGAGACUACGGGUUAGAACUUCCGACCAAGUGGCAUUACAGGGGCAACUAUACUCCUUAUUGCCCUGCAGAAGAGAUCAUGCACAGAGACUAUAUUCAGCCACCGGCCAGGACGGGAAUGUUGUUUAAAAAUGAUAAUCUAUACAGUCAGCGUGCAAGCUCAAACCCAUCUUGCAAUUUCUACACCACAGUUGGCAGGAAUGGAAUACUCCCGCAAGGUUUUGAUCAGUUUUUUGAGACAGCCUAUGGGAUUCCCGACACUUCUAAUUAUGAACAUUUGACCGAAAAGUCCGUGUCUACGUGCCAGAGUGUUACAACGUCUGAUAAAGUUUCUGUGGAUCAGACGAAAGAAAGUGCAACCGAAAAGAACACCGGCGAAUCCUCCGGUAACAGUGUGGCCGACAAAGACAGCGUAUCCAGUAGGUGCACUGGUAACCCAGGGGUAGAAUCAGCUGCUCUGCGAUCCAGAAAGAAAAGAUGUCCCUAUACCAAAUAUCAGAUCCGGGAACUUGAGCGAGAAUUUUUCUUCAAUGUCUACAUCAACAAAGAAAAACGCUUGCAAUUGUCGAGGCUGCUGAACCUCACUGACCGACAAGUCAAAAUAUGGUUCCAAAAUCGUAGAAUGAAGGAGAAGAAACUUAGCAGAGACCGCCUGCACUUUUUUACUGGCAAUCCUUUAUUGUGACUAUGAUACAGCAUACAUACCCUGAUGGAUUCCCUUUGGCCGACUCUUCAUUGCCUUAGUCAAUAUUUAUUUACACAAGGAGGGACUGCAAGUUUGAUGGAAACGGUUUUGCUGUUCUUGUAUGGAAAACAAUUUAAACGAUUAAUAUAGAAUUGAAUUUGAGAGACGCGAUGGUGCAGAUAACAUGGACGUAAUGUUGAUUAGGAAACAUUCUUACCUCAGCAUAGAUGUUAUUCCGUUCCAAAGGAAGACGUUUGAUUCUGCGGGAUAUUCAGGGACAAUAAACGGUUUUCAUUUUAAACAGCAAACUGGGGUAAGGGAGGGCUAAAAUUAAAUAUUGUUAGUUCACAGCGAUGGGUCAAUCACAUAAGACAAUGUGCUCGAUUUCUUCUUUUAGUCGAUGUUAGCCAAACUAACCAGAAUUGUUUAAGUUGUGUAUUCCGGUGAAAAGAAGAAAUGCAUAUUUAUUACUUUACCCUUCCAGUCUAUGUCAUGAGAUAAUUGUAAUAUACUGUAGCUAGGGACGUUUAAAGCUGAUGUGAUGUUAAUAAUAAUGUUUCCGG